AUGAAAAUUCGAUAUAUUACAUUACAGAUCAAAACAAAACAUUUACAAGUCAUUCAAUCAGUAUCAAUAACAGCUAAUUAUAUAAUAUAUAGAGAGAGAGCUAGUUUGAUGGCACCCAAUAACUCAACACUGGAUUCACCGAGUAGUUUAUUAUUUCAAUCAACAUCGAUAGCAGUAACAGAUAACAGCCAAGAUGAAAUCAAUAAUAAUAGUAAUAGUAUCAAAGAUAAAGAAAUCAUAGAUGAUAAAUCGUCACAAAUGAAUGAUAUAUCACCUGAUAAAGAUAGUAGUAGUAGUAGUAGUAGUAGUAGUAGUAAUAAUAAUAAUAAUAAUAAUAAUAAAAUUAAUAAUAAUAGUAAUAAUAACAGUAAUAAUAGUAGUAAUAAUAACAGUAAUAAUAAUAGUAAUAAUAGUGAUAAUCAAGAUAAAUCAAUAGAUUCACUACCAAAUUUAAUUAUAAAACUUAUAUUAAAGUUUGCAUUUUUUGGAAUAUGGCCAUCGUUUGAUUUCUUUAGUUUGGGUCGUGUGAACGACAAUCAAAUCAAUCCCGACUCAUGUGGCUAUCUUGCCGAUUCGCUCAGCAAGCCCGACUGCCGACUUGCCGCACUGGAACUCAACAACAACAACAUUGGUGACGAUGGUCUUGACUUCGGUGCACAAAUGAUUAGCCAAGCUCUCUCUGACAAUACAACACUCACCUAUCUCGACCUGAACGGCAACAACAUGCACCCUGAAGGUUGUCAGCACAUUUCGAGACUACUCGCAAAAAACACGUCCAUUCGUACUCUAUUAUUAGGUAACAACUCGGUUGGUAAUACCGGUGCUCGUUAUAUAUCGGAUGCGAUCAAAUUUAUUUGUAUCGGUCAAAUAGAGACACAUAUAGUUGCAAAUUGCAAAAUGAAAGGAGCAAUUAAAUCUUAA